UGUGGAAAUCUCAGAAGCAAUAGCUGGGCAUCUACUGGUUCUACUUCAACAGCACCGGAAAGGAGUUAUACGCUGCCUUCCAACUAAUUCUAGAACCAAUGUUACAUUAUGGAAAACAGAAGGGGAUGAUGCUUAUGGGGAAAUGGUUGAACUUGGCCCAGAUGUGACUUUCGAUCCCAGAGUUGGUUUCGAAAUUCAUUACCCAACUUUUUAUUUCAGUGGAUUAUUUCAAUGUAGAGCUUAUUUAGGGAACGUACACCAAGAAAUAAAUUUAACUCUUAUGUACAUAGCUGAUACGUCACACAAUCCCCAGCCAUUUAUCGAUACUGCUGAAGCUCAACAUCCUGUUGUGAAUGGAACAUUUAAACUGAAAUGCACAGUUAGUGUGGAUCCAGAAACCAGACUUUUUAUUGAUUGGAGCUAUCCAAACAAAAAUAACACAGGAAACCGCAUAAAUGAGACAAAAGCUCUUUCUCGGCAGAAGAAAGUGAAUGGAUACAUGCAUCAAGAAGUUACUACUUACCUGAUUGUGAAAGAUGUUCAACCUAGUGAUAGUGGUACUUACGUAUGUUCUGUAACAGAUCAUUCACAAAAAACGGGAAGAGCAGAAGUGAAUAUAUAUGUUUUCACAUCACAGCAGCCUGUUCACGUUAAUUUUACCACAGACAUCGAUAUUUCUCAACCGGUAGUAUAUCAAGCAGGACAAGAUGUAAGGUUUGUCAUAACUGUGCAUGCCUUUCCAAGUAUUUCAGACGUUGAGCUAGUUUGGAAGAAAAAUGGCGAGAUUCUUCUCUCUGAUGGUCACUACAAUAUCAAGAUAAUGCCUACUAGUGUUGUUUUGGAAAUAUAUCAGCUUACUCGCUCAGAUGCAGCUACAUAUAUUCUAUAUGGAAAGACUAAAGAUACUACUAACAGUAUUUCGAUCCUCUUAGAAGUCAAAGAUAAACCGAUUAUUGUGCUACGAAAUGCAGAACCUGUAUACAUGAUCGGGAAAGAGUAUUCCUUAGAAUGCCAUGCUGAUGGCUAUCCUGCUCCUGUUGUCUGGUGGAGAUGGAAGCCAUGCAAACUACCUCAAGAUUGCAAAUUCGACGGAUUCUACGGUUGGAUUGAUGUAGAACCACAUGGGAAUUUCCGCUUUCCAAAUAAAGAUAAUGUGACACUUGAAUACUCCGAUGCUACAAGUUUGUCGUUGGUUUCCUAUCUAUAUGUAACAGCUUACCAGUCUGGUUAUUACAUUUGCAUUGCGAGUAAUGUAAUGGGAAAAGACGAUGCUGUAGUUCCAUUUAUUGUAACAGAUGCCGAAAAUGGUUUUGAAAUUUCUGUAUCAAAUAAAAAACCAGUGGAACAAGAUGUUGUCGAACUUAUCUGCAAAGCCAACAUUUACAAUUAUAGCCAUGUGCAAUGGAAUUGGAGACCCAUGUUUUUGGAGGGAGAUUUGGUAUCUUUAAAGAAUUUGUCAGAUGUUAAAAUAUACAGAAAUGUUUCUGCUUACUCCCUGACUGAGACAAUUAUUUUCGAUGCCAUGAAGAUGAACUACAGCGGGGAAUAUGAAUGUACAGCAUCAAACUUAGAAAAUAAUGUUACUGAAACUAAACAUAUUACAAUUGAUGUACGAGAGAUUAAGAAACCAGUUCUGAAUAACACGAACAUGGGAGGAAUCUCCAUUAUCACGGCUCCAGGAACACUUCAAGAGUUUUACUGCUACACGGAUGGCAUUCCAUUCCCAGAGGUGACAUGGAAGAAAGAUGGGAAAAUUUUUGACGUUACAAACAUGUCAGGAGUCGAAAUAACCGAAAGAAAUCAAAGACUUACCAUUCGAAGGGUUCUUGAAAGAGAUUCAGGAUUUUACGAAUGCAUAAUACAAAACAGAGGUGGUGUUGUAAAAGCUAACAUCACUUUGGACAUAUUUGGAGAUACCGAUUCACUGCCUGGUGGUUUGACUACAUGGGAAAUUACUGCAGUCGUGUUCUUUGGAGUUCUCGGAGUUGUUCUUAUUUUAGUCAUUUCAUGUCUUGUGCAGCGCAUUAUGAAAGAAAAGAAACAGAAAAAAGAGUUAGAUUUCAUGAAUCAUAAUAUAUUUGAACGAGGCUACAUUGAUAUAUUUAAUCCCAAUUUACCGAUAGAAGAUCAAAUUGAUUUAUUACCCUACAAUCAUCACUGGGAGUUUCCAAAAGAACGAUUGAAACUUGGUAAAACUCUAGGACAAGGUGCCUUUGGUAGAGUGGUAAAAGCAGAAGCUAUUGGAUUGAUCGACGGAGAAGCUUCUACUACAGUUGCAGUUAAGAUGCUUAAAGAAGCUGCAGAUGCUGAACAACGAAAAGCUCUUAUUGCAGAGCUUAAAAUACUAAUACAUAUUGGACGACAUUUAAAUAUUGUUAAUUUGUUGGGUGCUGUAACAAAGAAUGUUGCUAAAGGGGAAUUAUAUGUCAUCGUGGAAUAUUGCUGUUUUGGAAAUCUUCGGCAUUUUUUACUAAAGCAUAAAGGCACAUUUAUCGACCAACUAGAUCAUCAGUCAGGACAAUUAGAUCCUAGUAUUUCUACGCUUCCAGGAUCCCCUUUCUUGAAUAUCAAGGAUAACAUGGCAGUGUAUUCAAAUAUACUUGGAAUUGCUAUGGAUAAUCCAACAUAUAGUGAACAAUCUUUAAAUUAUGCUGAUCUAGCCCACCAGCAAGUUACAAAUGAUUCUGGUACAGGUAUUUCAGUUCUGACGAAUCCUUCAGGAAGCAGUAUAAACGACAGGUACUUCAGAAAUUCUUUUUCGCUCUCGCCUGUUGGAUGUGGUAGCGAAUGUUGUAACGAAGAAUCAGCAAAGAAUCACUUCAUCACAACGUGUGAUUUGUUGUGUUUUGCCUUUCAGUGCGCAAGAGGAAUGGAAUAUCUGGCAUCAAGAAAGCUGAUUCACAGAGAUCUUGCAGCAAGAAAUGUACUACUAGCAAAAGACAACGUCGUCAAAAUAUGCGAUUUUGGCCUUGCAAAAGAUUGCUACAAAUAUUCUAACUACAUUAAGAAGUCAGAUGGACUGCUACCGAUAAAAUGGAUGGCUAUUGAAUCCAUUAGAGAUAGAGUAUAUACCUCAAAAAGUGAUGUGUGGUCUUUUGGAAUAUUACUAUGGGAGAUAUUUACUCUUGGAAGCAAUCCAUAUCCAGGAAUAGAAAUUAAUGAAGAAUUCUUCAAAAAAUUGAAAAAUGGAUACAGAAUGGAAAAACCAGAUUUAGCUCCCGAUAAAAUCUAUAAUUUGAUGAAGAAUUGUUGGCUGGACGAUCCAAACCAAAGGCCAGAUUUUACAUAUCUCGCAGAAAAUAUUGGGACAUUACUUGAAUCAAGCGUUAGAAAAUAUUAUGUUGAACUUAACACACCUUAUCAAGUUAUGAAUGAGGAAUUACUAAAUAACAACGAAUACUUACAAAUGACUGGAACUACAAAUGAAGAAUACACAAAUAUGAUAGAUGCACCAAAUAGUGAAGAACGAAUUCAAUACCUGAAUCCCUUGACCACUUAUGAUAAUGUUACAUCUGUACGUCCAGUGGGGAAUGGCCCUAUACCCAAAGCUCCAAUGGAAGUAGUACCUAUGAUUCAAUUAGACAGCUUAUCUGAACCUUGGGAUCAGAAGUCUAAAGCCAGAAUACUGUCAUCAGAGACAUCUUGUGAUGAAGAUAUGCUUAACGUGACUGACACAACUUACCUUAACACGAGUAGUUCACCAGAGAAAGAGGAGACGGAUGAAUACGAUUCUGUAUUUUUGGAAAAGAAACUUCCUAACAACAUACAUUACGCCAAUGGUUUUAUACAGACGAUGGAAGAAAGGGAAAUAAGCACAAGAUGCUAGACUGAAAAGCACAAUAUUCUUAUUUUUUCUGUAUAUAGGUUUUACACACGUAAUGGAAGAAGAGGAAAUAAGCACAAGAUGCUAGACUGGAAAGCACAAUAUUCUUAUUUUUUAUUGUAUAUAGGUUUUAUAUAAACGAUGGAAGAAAGGGAAAUAAGCACAAGAUGUUACCCUGUAAAGCACAAUAUUCCUAAGUGCCAUUUGUAGAAAGAAUGAAAUUAUAUUUGUCUUAUCAAUAUAUUCAUCUGUAUAUAAUUCCACCCCCCAUUUAGACAAUUUGUUUACAUCCUCAUGAUAGCCAAAUACCAUCUACGAUAAUGAUGCAAAUAAUAUUUUUAUGUUUAAUGUAAGAUAAAAUUUUGAAAAUUAUUAUGUGUGUUCAAAAAUCUCUAUAUUAAUUACUGGUUAAAUAUCAUACAUAUUGUUAAGAAUUCAAAUGUUCAAGAGAAACUGUUGAUGUAGUACUGUAUUGUAAAUAUAUAGAAUAGUUUAUUUCAAUUUUAUAUUGCAUGCAGAUUUUAAAAUAUUUGGAUAAUGAGUAUACUACAUAUUUCAAAAUGACUAUUUUACCAAAGACUGCUUACGUAAAUACUAUGUGCCUACCCUAUAUGUGUUCUAUGUACAUGUGUGCAAUUGUAAAAAAUGUUAACAAUUUCACUUGAAAAGACAGAGCAAAUUAGCAAAAUCAGAUGACUAAUUUUUGUGGUGACUAAUCACAGAAAAUUCUAAUCAAUAUUUCAGUGAAUUAGGAAAUUUCCAAUCAUAUUAAACAUAUAUCACUCAUG